AUGCUGCGUUCCAUCGCCGGGCUGGAACGGCCCACCAGGCACCCCAUCUUCGACGCCGAGAACGGCGUUUUCGUGCCCCCCAACCGGCGCCCCAUCGCCAUGGUGUUCCAAUCAUACGGCAUCUGGCCGCACAUGGACGUGUUCGAAAACAUCGCCUUUCCGCUCCGCCGCGGCCGCCUGAAGAUGGAAAGAGACGCGGUGCGGGUCCGCGUCGGCGAGGUGCUCGAGAUGCUCGGCCUCGAUGCCCUGGCGGAACGGCCGGUCAUCACGCUGAGCGGCGGCCAGCAGCAGCGGGUGGCGCUGGCGCGGGCAUUGGCCCUCCAGCCCCGCAUCCUGUUGAUGGACGAGCCGCUGAGCAACCUGGACUUCAAGCUUCAGGUCCGGCUCCGCGCCCAGAUGCGCGACCUGAUGCAUCGCCUCGGACUGACGACGAUCCACGUCACUCACAACCAGGCGGAAGCCCUCGAGACCGGUGACCGCAUCGCCGUGAUGGCGGAGGGCCGGAUCGUCCAGAUCGGCGAUCCGCAAGCGGCGUACCAUCGGCCGGAAAACGAGUUCGUCGCGCGGUUCAUCGGCGACAUGAACAUUUUCCCGGCGGUCUAUCGGGGCAGCGACGCGGGCAUGGCUCGCGUAGAGACACCCUUCGGAAACCUGGACGCGCAACUGACCAGCCGUGACGGUCCUCGCGACAGGCGCGGCCUGCAUGUUGGGGAUUCGGCCGGAAGACAUCGAGACCGGUGGCGACAUCCCACGGGACGCGGCCAACCUCCUAACCGGCACGCGUGGCCGCAUCGAGCUUUGUCGGCGAGGGUUUCGUGCACACGGUCAUGA